GCGGGCGCCGCCCUGGGCGAGGCCGCGCAGGCGGCUCCGAAGGAGGAGCCCGCCGAGGCGUCGCCGGCGCCCAGCGAGACGGGGCCGCCGCCCGAGGUCGCGGAGGCGGCUCCGCAGGUGCUCAACGAGACUGGGGUGGAACGCGUGCUCACGAGCGACGACGCCGACAAGGCGUCCACGCUGUUCCAGGACGCCGCGUGCUUCUUGGCGGACGGCGCCGUAGCGUACAUGUGGCAGCUGCCCCUGGACAGCGCCUCGAGCAGGCAGUGCAGGGCGUGGGCCGGCGCGGCCUACAACGCCACCGCGGAAUUCGCGGCCCAGACGUGGCGCCUGCUGCCCAGCAGCGCCGCCGACCUCUGGGAGCGCGUGCCCUCUCCGGCACGGGCCGUUCUGCUCGAGGCCCGCGACGCAGCCCGGCGGCACCUGCGGCGCGCCUUCGCGCAGGCCGCGGAGGCGUGCCCGCCGCUGGCCGAGGGCGCCGCCGCGCUGGGGGAGGCGGCGGCCGCGGCCGCGGCCGCGGCGGAGGCGGCUGGCCGCGCAGGCUGCGAGCACGCGGCGGCCCUCGUCGAGUCCACCCGCGGGGCGCUGGCGGGGGCCGUGCGGCUGUUCCUGCGGCGCCACCCGGAGCACGAGGCCGCCCUCGGCGGCCUGGACCCCCUCGCAGCCCUUGCGGCGCUGCUCCUGGGGACCGCCGCCCUCGCCGCGGAGGCGCUGCGCCUGGUGCGUUUGGCGGGCUGGGCGGUCCGCGGCGCCGCCCGCUUGGCCACUCGGCUCCUCUGCGCCCCGCUGUGCUGCUGCCGGCGGCGGGCGGCGGGCGGCGAGAUCGGCGGCGCUGCUGCUGGCGCGCCCGGAGGCCUCCCGCACGACGCGGCGCUGCAGGCGCGCCGGGCCCGCUCGCGGAGCCGGCUGUCUGGCGCGACGCGCAGCAGCUCCGAGCAGCCCGCCGCGGGCAAGGCUGGCCUGCACGAGACGCAGGCCGGGCGCCAGAAGGGCAGGUUCCAGUCGCCCCCUCGCUGGGUCCCGAGCAAGCAGGCCAAGGGCGGUGCCUGA